UGGAGAUUGCGCGUGCGCAUUCUUCGAAUUUGAGGCAGUUUUCGCAGUGGCGUUCUUUUUAACACCGCGGUUGGAAACGUCUGGCUAAUGCAACCUGACCGUAGUUUGCCACAUUAAGGAAACGAUAGUCCUCAACUUUAAGAUGGGAGAGUAACAGUAACUUCUUCAUAAUGUUGCUGUGCAGAUUAAAUGAAAACAAAGCGCACAGAAUGGUGUCAGUCUCAUGCUUCAGAUGGAUGGAUUACCAGCCCUUGAUGUAUGUGCAUCUGUGAUAUCACUUCUUCCACACAACAGGAGCAGAGUCACCACUGGGCUUCAGGCUCCAUUCCCUCUGUCAAGGCCACUGUGUCAUCCAAGCUCUGUCUCAGGGCAACUUCCUUCAAGGUCACACAAAGAUGGAUGCUCCUCUGACCUGCUGCGAAUCUCCGCCCAGGAGAGCCAACAAGGAAGAGCCUCGGUCGCGCUUACCCUCGAGCCCCACGUCGCCCGGGACUGCGCUGCAAGCGGACACGCGAGAGCCGGAGGCGGGAGGGGGGGGGCGCUCUGCGCUGGAGGCGGGUCCCGGUGGCUGCUCCCUCCGCCCCCGGAGUCGCUGCCACCGCCUGGCUGCGCCCCAGCUCAGCAGCUCAGACGCGGCCGCAUCCCUUAGACUGUAGAGGCGGCCGCGAGCUAGAGCCCGCGUCGCUGCUCUCGGCCACACGGAGGCUGGGCGAGCCCGAGCGCGAGGACACCUGGCCCGGGCGCGGCGGGAAGCUCUGCGCGCCACUGGGGUCACAGUAUACUAAAAGGCACUAGAUCAAGAGAAAUCUGGGGGAAGCUGGGAACCAUCAAGUUAUUGAAGCCACACGGGGCAGAAAGAUAGAGAGAAGAUGCUGGACAAGGUCCAGGUCUUGGGCAAGGAAAGAAAGCUUAUCAGAGUUUCUUCCUAAACCUCUUGGAAAUAACAAAAUAUUUUAAUCAGAGACUUCCCCUGGGCCACGGGCCAUGAUGGACGUGCACCUCGAUACUCCUGAGGGUCAGGAGAGCGCAAGCAACAGUGGCAAGGGAAGCAGCGGCACAGGAAACCAGCAAGAUGUUGCUAUGAGGACAGAUCCAUCAGAAAUGACUGAUGUGGAGUCUGUGGUCAACAAUUUUGCAUCUUCAGCCAGGACCGGCCGCCGGAAUGCCGUGCCAGACAUCCAGGGCUCAGCAGGGACAGGAGGGUCCUCAGAGUUGCCCCUCAGACUGGAGGCUCUCUCCAUGAAGGAAGAUGUAACAAAGAAAAAUGAAGAAACAACACAAAAGCAAUUGGAAAAGCUGAAGAAAGAAGAAAAAUGAAGUCUCAUACUAUUGAAAGUACUGAAUUUCUGUACACUGAAAGACUUAGUGGCUCUGCUUUCCUGAGAGGUUUGAUCUGGUAGAAACUAUGGUAACAUUGCAGCCCUAAGCAACACGUGUGUAUUAGACAAUUUUGUUGUGAUGCUACUCACGUGGAAUGCAACCAUGAUGUCCAAUGUAGGUUAUUAAAAGGCAUAUUACUUCCAAAUUGCACCUAAGGAAAAGGUUAAGAAUGUAUGGUCACUUAAAUACAUAUCAUUAUCUAUAAACCCAACAAAAUCCACUGCUCUCUUUUGGAUUUACUCAGCCAGAUGUAUUUUUAAUUCCAUUUUUACGGUAAUGGAUAACCCAUUUCUUGGUAAAUAUAAAGCAAACACCAUUCAUUUAAAACUGUAUGGAAUUUGUAGGACAUUAUGAGGUUUGUUUGAUGAGAAGAAAUAAUAGUAAAAAACAUGUAGAGAAUAUUUGUUUUUAACCAAAAAUGCACCAUUUCCCCCCAAACCCUAAAAGGAUUUGGAAAAAUUGCAAAAGUUUGACAACCUAAAUAUAUUUCUAGUAUGUUUUUGUUUGAUGCAUUUUGCUUCUAGCCCAUGCAUACUGUGAUUUUUCAUGUGGACUCCUAGAACACAAAAUUUGUGACAAAUUGUUUAUAUGGACCAUGCCUAUUAAAUGGAUUUCACUAUCUUCCUUAACUUCGGUGUAUGUGUAUGCACAUGUUUUUCUCUAAUAUGAGUUAUACAAAACACUUCACUAGUUGCUUUAUACUGUGUUUUUUUAUUCUUAGGGCUUUUGUGUAUUGUGACUUGUUUCUAAAAUGAUUUCCUCAGGAAUGCAGACCUUAAUUUUUAUAUCUUUCCUAAAGGAGCUAACAUAAUCCAUAAAUAUUUAGUGAAUGUUGUAGUUAGAAAUAGCAAAAUACUUGCUUUUAAUAUAUAUUUAAGCAUAUAUUUUAAAAGGAACAAAAACAAAACCAAAGUUUUAGUAAAUUUUGAUUUAUUAGACAUUUUAGGAAAAUAAAAUUCUGAAUUUUUUAAAAAAUGGACUAAUGAAUUUAUUUUCAUUUUCAGAUAUAUAUGCAUGCUGUUAUAUUUUAUUUGAUUGUUGACUUAGGCCAUGUCUGUAUACAGUAAUCAAAUAAACUCUUCACUGUUCAAGAAAAUUGUUACUGAUACAAGUCUUAAUUUUAUCUUAAGUAUACCAACUGAAAAAUGGCGACACAUUUUAAAGAGGACGUUAAUAAACUUACAGUAUAAAUCACCUCCUACGUAUUAUUUCAUUGGCAAAGUCUAACUUAAUAUACCAGAGGGGUAGAUUUCAAAGAACCCGAUUGUUUGCUCAAAUACAAUUUUUUUUGUAGAAGAAUCUAAAUUAGUAUCUUAAGUGUAGCACUAAAUUAAUAUUCAAUAAAAUGUAUUGUAGCCAUUAAAACUAUAUUUCAGAGAGUUAUUGAAUGACAUGCCAUUAUGUAAACAGUAUAAAGAGUAUUAGAGUAGAACAGUAGUUUUUAACUUGCAGGAGAGUGAUAAUUUGGGCUAAUAGAGGACAUUUGGCGUUAUCUGGAAAAGUUUUGAGGCCACUACGGUGGGCGCCGGGGAGAGAAAGCGCUACUGCCAUCUAGUGGGCAGAGACUGAAAUAAUUAUUGGUUUUUUUGCCUCAUUCUUUUUUUAAGUUUUUAUUUAAAUUUUAGUCAGUCAACGUACAGUAUAGUAUUAGUUUCUGGUAGUACAAUUUAGUGUUAACGUUUACAUAUACCCCGUGUUCAUCACAAGUGCCCUUUUUUGUCCCCAUGACCUAUUUUACCCAUCUACCACCUCCCCUCUGGUAACCAUCAGUUCGUUCUCUAUAGUUAAGAGUCUGUUUCUUGGUUUGCUUCCCUCUCCCUUUUUUUUCUUCUGCUCAUUUGUUUUGUUUCUUAAA